AUGGCCAGCUUUUCUGUAAGAUCUGACACACUUUCGCGUCCUAUGAACAGAGGUGAGCUUGACACUCUCCCGCGAACUCUGGCCACAAAUAAUCGUUUGAAAGAGGACUCGGACGACGAGAAUAUGCUGGGACCCCCACAGUUGAGUAACUUUGGCUCUGCAUUGCUCUCCGAUAAGGAGAACAUUGAACCCGGAUUGCAGGGACUUCAUAACAAAAUGCGGCUCGGAAAGUCAUUUGGCGUUUUAGCAGACUCCCCGAAGCUCAUUGGGAAGGAAGGCAUGUCAAACAACAACAAAAGAAGCAAAGACCUGUACGGUACUCUCUCAAAUGCGGCUAACUUGCACACAACGACGUAUUCCGAGGAGCACUCAGAUUCUACUAUGUUUGGAAAUUCUAAGGACCAGCAACAAAGUAUGACAACUUUCAAUCCCGAACUCCAAGCCGAUCUUGGCAAGUCAUACAGCUCUACCUUGGACAACAGAGACAGUAACAGCGCCUCCAAAUUGAAAAAUCUACAACAAGCCUUGAAAGAUGAACUGUCCACUAGGGGCUCUCGAAGAAGAAACAGAAGAUUUAUUUCGUCUCGCUUGAGUCUCUUGGGUCCCGCAAAACGGGCAUCCUCAGCAACGGCAACACCAGACAAGAUUGGAAUCAGCGAGGACUUCAAUGACUCUCACUCCUUUAGAACGAGUGGGGUGGCUAGCGCCGAAAACAAUAGCGGUUACAAUGUUUUCUAUGAUCCUCAACAAGAAGCUUCUUCAUCUCCCGACAAAAUCGUGGACUACAAGGAUACCAAUGCAAGUUAUGAAAAUAUAGAAUUUGGAGAGCUGAAUCCUUACCAAUUUCUCAAAAAGCACAAUCUCCCAACAACUGAACUACCAAACAUCUCGAGGGCUUACUUCGAGCAACAAAAAGGCCAGAAUCGCAGGACUGCGCUUCGUAAACAUACACUUACGAAGGACGCAAUACACGGCCGACUAACCACCGCAUCACUGUCUAACUCACCAUUUUUAAGACAAAACGAGAUCCUAAGGCGAGAGGACUCAUUUACGAAAAGAGAGCCAAGACGCAAAAUAAGUGAAGGUUCUGUGAAUUGUAUCUCGAAGGCUUUUUCGUCUCCCGUUCUGGGUGUAGCAAGCACGAUCGAGAAUUCUAAUAACCACACCAAGCAGCAUUUGCAUGACGAUAAGUAUGAAGCUGUCAAGAUACCCAAUCGAAGUAGCACCGGCUACUUUCCAAAACGCGAGGCACUUUCUAACAUCAAUAUCAACAACAGCAACGCCAGUCAGCCUUUGCAAAAGAAGCUGAAGUAUUCAUUGGACGGCAUCGAAGACAGGCACGAAAAUCGCGGCGGACUUGAAAACCAACAAGGGGACCCAAUUUUGCAUCACAACUCAUCGGCUUUGCCCGCUAGAAAGCAUGUGGAGAUUUUGGAACCAGUCAGAUCGGCUAAACAUUGUUCGCCGAAGCCUUCGACCGCGGGAUCCGACUUCUCGAAUAGAAAGCGACCGCUUGUAUGUGUCAAUGGGACUGAGUACGAGAAACUAGAACUACUCGGAAGAGGCGGCACUUCUAAAGUGUACAAAGUAAAAAGCUCGGCUAACAAUAAGGUUUAUGCUUUAAAGCGAGUUUCUUUUGAUGAGUUUGAUGACAGCAGCGUUGAUGGCUUCAAAGGUGAAAUAGAGUUGUUGAAGAAACUCGAAACAAAACCACGCGUGGUUAGGCUCAUAGAUCAUGAGAUGGAUUCUGGGAUUUUAUAUCUGGUCAUGGAGUGUGGUGACCACGAUUUGUCGCAAACUUUGGCUCAAAGAUCUGGUAUGGAUUUGGACGUAGAAUUCGUCAGAUAUCAUGCACAAGAGAUGUUGAAGUGCGUGCAGGUUGUUCAUGAGGCUGGAAUUGUACACUCGGACCUCAAGCCUGCGAACUUCGUGUUCGUAAAGGGCAUUCUCAAAAUCAUUGACUUUGGCAUUGCGAACGCAGUUCCUGACCACACAGUGAACAUAUACCGAGAAACUCAAAUUGGGACUCCGAACUAUAUGGCGCCAGAGGCUCUAGUGGCCAUGAAUUUUACUCAGGAUCAGCCGGCAGAUCAAAAUAAGUGGAAAGUCGGCAAGCCUUCAGAUAUCUGGUCUUGCGGCUGCAUCAUUUAUCAAAUGAUCUACGGUAGACCGCCAUAUGGGGGAUUCCAAGGGCAAAAUAGACUGCUGGCUAUCAUGAAUCCUGAGGUAAAGAUUGUUUACCCUGAGAAAACACCAAGCGGUGACAUCGUACCGAAAACUGCGAUUGAUACAAUGAAGGCAUGUUUAGAAAGAGAACCAGACAAAAGAUGGACGGUUUAUGAAGCUUUAAGUGGGCCCUUUGUCAAGCCGAUUGCAGUAACACAUUUUUUCAUUCGCGAUCUAAUCAAGAACUCGGUAAAAUACGGUUUCAAUCAGAGGGAGCUUUCAAGUGAUAAAAUAGAAGAAUUGGCCGAUGAUGUAUGGCACCGACUGGCUGACUUUAGACUAUAA